UUUCUCUCGCGCGCCGUAGCCAUGGCGGUCAUGAGUUUACUGCAGCGGGCUUCGGUCACCGCGGUGGCAGCUCUUUCUGGCCGCCGCCUUGGCACGCGAUUCGGAUUCGGUGGCUUCCUCACCCGUGGCUUUCCGAAGGCUGUUGCUCCUGUUCGACACAGUGGAGACUAUGGGAAAAGAUUGUUUGUCAUCAGACCUUCUAGAUUCUAUGACAUGCGUUUUUUGAAAUUGUUGAAAUUCUACAUUUUGUUGACUGGGAUUCCGGUAGCAGUUGUCAUAACUCUGGUGAAUAUAUUCAUUGGUGAAGCUGAAUUAGCAGAAAUCCCAGAAGGCUAUAUUCCAGAACACUGGGAAUAUUACAAGCAUCCUAUAUCAAGAUGGAUUGCCCGUACUUUCUAUGAUUGUCCUGAAAAGAAUUAUGAAAAAACAAUGGCUAUCCUUCAAAUUGAAACUGAAAAGGCUGAUUUAAGGUUAAAGGAGCGGGAAGUCCGAAGGUUAAUGCGUCAGAGAGGAGAUGGACCCUGGUACCAGUAUCCAACCAUUGACAAGGCACUCAUCGAUCAUUCUCCGAAAGCAAGUCCUGACAACUAGUCGUUUACCCUCUAAAUACCAAGUCUGUUCUCUUUAGUGGAAAAUUAAUUAAUAAGCAUAGUCUGUAUUUUUGCUCUCUGUGAUAAAUAAAAGAGCUUCUUCCACUACUGUUUCUCAGUGUUGGUUUAGGUUAAGGCUUUUUACUUUGGGGUUUUGGCUUCCUCUUUUAAGAAGAUUUAAAUGUACUACUGAAAACUGGAGGAAUAAUAAUAAUUUUGUGAGUUCCUUAAGUUGUGGUGACUUUGAAAGGUUAGUGUUUUAUGUAUCAGGCAAAUGGAGGUUAUAGGAAAGAAGUUAUGUUAGGCAUUGGUAAGCAUAGUGAUUUGUAUAAAUGUCUAUAUUGUAAACAUCCCAAUUAUUGAAGGGUGACUUGGGAUUUUAAGUUGCACAAGAAAUAUUGAAUCAACCAUAUAAAACAUUAAUACCUUAAUAAACAGGUUUUUAGUGAACAAA